AUAUCAUCAAUGAUUUGGAUCCGCCAGGACUUGAAGAUCAUGAUGAGGAUGAUGAUGAUAACGAUUCAACUGGAUGGACUGAGAUGGAUGAUGUGCAUCCCACCCCAGUCACGUGUCUCUUCUGUAAAGAAGCAUUUCCAAAUAUCGAUGAGGCUAUAGUGCAUUGCAGAGACUCGCACCUAUUUGAUUUAGCCGUCUUGAAGCUAAAGCUGGUCAUGGAUUGUUACUCAUACAUUAAGUUGAUCAACUACAUCCGAUCAGAAAAUCCAAGACCCGAGUAUCUGUCCGAAUUGUGCAAGGACCCACCUUGGAUUGACGAAAAGUAUUUGAAGCCAAUCUUGGAGGAUGAUCCUUGGCUUUUGUUUGAUUUUGAUGACCUAGAAGUACCAUCCAAUAUUGCUGAGGAAAUGGAUUCAUCUGAUGUUCGUGAUGCUCGUAUUCGUGGAUUGGAGAGGAAAAAUAAGGAACUCAAUUCACGGAUAAUGGAGUUGGAAGAUCAACACAGUCAUCUGAUGUGUUCCUUAGAAGAUAUGCGCAAAAAAUGGACCAAUCUGAUGUUUACGGACGAUUCUAAAAAGCCUAAAACAUCGAAACCCCAGGAAAAAGGUGCCGGUGAUUCGAACGAUUGUGAAGAAAAUAAAGACGUGAGUGGACAGGAUCGUCACUAUUUUGAUUCAUACUCUCAUUUCGGAAUCCACCAUGAAAUGUUAUCGGACAGAGUUCGAACAGAGAGCUACCGCAACGCUCUACUGGAGAACAGCGCCCUGCUGCAAGACAAGAUAGUGCUCGACUUGGGGUGUGGCACGGGCAUUCUGGCCAUGUUCGCUGCCAAGGCGGGGGCCAGGCGGGUGGUGGCUGUCGACCAAUCAGAGAUCGUCUACGAUGCUAUCCACAUUGUCUGGGAAAACAAUCUGAAAGACAAAGUAGACGUGAUCAAGGGAAAGAUAGAGACCACUAAGCUGCCAGUGGAAAAGGUGGAUUUAAUAGUGUCGGAAUGGAUGGGAUAUUUCCUAUUGUUUGAGGCGAUGCUCGACAGCGUCAUUUAUGCCAGGGAUAGAUAUCUGGCUUCGGGUGGCAUUCUUAUACCAAACAGGUGCACCAUUAGUUUGGCGGGCUUCAGUAGUCUAGGUCGCUACAAAGACCUGGUUGAAUUUUGGGACGACGUUUACGGUUACAAAAUGAGCAAUUUGAAGAAGCAAAUCCUGCAGGAGCCGCUGGUUGAAGUGGUGAAAGCCAGUGAGCAAGCCACCGAAUCGACACAAAUCCACAAUUUGGAUCUGAUGACUGCUACCGUUGACAGUGUGAACUUCACGUGCAAUUUCUCACUGAAAGUGAUCAGAGACUCUGAUAUUACCUCCAUUGUUGGCUAUUUCGACACGUUCUUCGAACUGCCCAACCCGGUCUCGUUCUCCACAGGGCCCCACGCCACCCCUACUCACUGGAAGCAGACGGUGUUUCUCUUGAAAGAGAAAGUACCUGUCAAGAAAGGUGAAGUUCUAAGUGGAAAGAUAAACUGUGUACGUGAUUCAAAAGAAAAGAGAUCACUUCGUAUUAAGCUACAAGUGAAAGAUCAGAGUCAAGAGUACCUCUUACAUUAAUCUGUUAGGUUUGUAAGGAUUUUAUUGCUUAAUUUUUUAAAAUUUAUUGGAAGAGUCUUUGGUUUUUAUUUAUUUUCCGUUUGACAUUCCUGCAGCAAUUGUUGAGGAUUAAUAAUUUUCAUGACUUGAAA